CUGUGACAAAGUCAAAUAUAUCCGAGUGACAGCGGCUUUUACGCAGAAAAUGAGAGGAAAUCAUUCUCGUUAUGCAGCUUCGGCCUCUUUAAAACAGGAGGAAUACUAAAAAAAGUGAUUACAAUUAUUAGAUUAUUCUGAUGAUAACAGGCCAUUAGAAUAAAGAGUUGAUUAAUGAGGAACAGCGAUGAUUAAGUUAUAAAGGAGGAAGUGAUGGAGGUGAUGAGGAGCCGUCGCGAAACAAGAAGAAGAAUGAAGCAGGAGGCGACCAACAACAUGAUUUUUAUGGAAUCUAAAUAAUUUCUUUUCUACCAUGCAGAAGAGAUCGAUACGUCGGAAGUUGCCCGUCUUGAUCUUCACCUUCUCCAUCAUUAUCUAUGUGGAUUUUCAAUUACGCACGAGCAGCCUUCCCAAACUGAGCGUGGCUCACCAUCCGUCGUCCGGCGCGCUUCACCGCUCCAUCCAGCAGGCUCCAUCCCCGGCCAAGGGGGACGCGCGGAACCCGGCUACCGACAGCAGCAGCGGGGGGAUCGGAGGACACCCCGCCGCUGAAGGGCCAGCAGCACAUGUCACCCAGCCGAAAUUGAAGCUGGAGGACAUCUACGUCGCUGUGAAGACCACCGGGAGGUUCCACCAGUCGCGUCUUGCGCUCCUUUUGGAGACGUGGAUCUCCAGAACCAAGGCGCACACGUUCAUUUUCACAGACACGGAGGAUGAGGACUUACAGUCAAACGGUUACAACGUGGUGGUAACGAGCUGCCAGUCAGAUCACAGCCAGCAGGCUCUGUCCUGCAAGAUGUCUGCCGAGUACGACGGGUUCAUGGCCUCCGACAAGAGACGCCUUUAUUUGAAUAUCUGUGUGUUGUGCUUUGUGACUCAGAGGGAAGUGCGGUUCUGGUUCGCCACAGGAGGAGCAGGGUUCUGUCUGAGCCGGCGGCUGGCGGAGAAGAUGGCUCCAUGGGCCAGCGGCUCCCGGUUCGAGCAGACGUCGGCGACGAUCCGUCUCCCUGACGACUGCACGGUGGGCUUCAUCGUGGAGAAGAGGCUGGGCAUCUCCAUGGUCCACUGUCCUCUGUUCCACUCCCACCUGGAGAACCUGCUGCUCGUCAGCCACAGAAGCAUCCCACACCAGGUGACUCUGAGCUAUGGGAUGUUUGAGAACAAGAUGAACAGCAUCGAGGUGAAAGGAAGCUUUUCGAAGAAGGAAGACCCCUCCAGGUUUAAGACCGUCCACUGCAUGCUGUAUCCUUUCACCAGCUGGUGUCCUUGAACUCCUCAUAGAAGACUUCCAAACACACGCGGGACAAGACUGGCAGUCCUGCUGGACGGAGUGCGUUUCCUGUGUAUUGUCUACAUGAGGAGGAAACAGAUGGAUCUAAUUUGAUGGAACAGUUUGAGACGCAGUCACCGGAAGAACUGGAGAAACAGAAAGAAGAAGUGAAGCCUCGGAAGAACUGAGCGCUGUUUUCUGUACCUGCUUACAAGAGAGAACAGAUGGAACUCGUGGACCCAGAAAAUAUGAACAGGAUCUUGACGAUGAACUGAGACGGGUUUCCUCUUCUUACAAACUGACGAUAACGUGGAGAAAACGUUAACGUUUUGCAUUUCUACUGCUGAAUGUUUGGAGGAUGUCCUCUGUGGGAGGGUCGCGCUGAAGACAAUGGAGCUCUAGUGAUUUUCAUUGAGUUGAUUUGUUGACAAAAAUAAAAUGAAUUUGUACAUAUUUUGUAAAAUUUACAUAAAUUUCUAUCUUCAUUGACUCGAUUAGAUUUUGAUUCAUAUUUAGUUUGUUUCACUAUUCCUCUAUGCCAAGAUCUCUGAGAUGCUCCAUACGUCAUCCAGAGCAUUAAUAUAGCAGCAAACACGUCGCCGGGCCGCCCAAAGCGUGUCUUUUAGUUCAUAAUAAUGCACUUUACUUGAGUUUUCAGUGAUUUGUGUGUGUGUGUGUGUGUGUGUAUGAAGGGGACUGUGUCCUUGUGCUGAUGAAGUCUGCACACAAUGAACCAUUGUGACCAACAUCUCCCUCCCUAUCCAAACCUCCUGCCUUGCCUCCCUCCCUCCUCCACCCCUCCAUCUGCCUCUCUGUUUACUUUGUCCAUAAUCGCCGCGCCGGCUCCUCCAAGGCCAUGGCUGAAAAGUAAAAUGAACUCAUCCCGUUUGCCUCAGUUGCAUUCAUUUAUCACCCUGAAAUUAAAAAACGACAAAACCACUGAAGAAGAUCACAACGGACACGACUGAAACCUGCACCCCACCGUGCAACCGCAGGGUUAGUGCCGUUCAGAACCAAGGAAACAGGUAAAUAAAGUUGUACUUAUUUGUGUGAUCACCAAAAUAUUUAAAGUAGAUGAUAAGAACUACCCAGAGUCUGCACCUACGUGGCCUGAAUUAACACCAGGAAAGCUGCUCCUCUCCACGGAGAGUAGAACCAGCUCACAUUUGCAGGCGAAAGAGAAAUCUGGAGCAGGGCAGGAAUACAAAUCUCACAAUGACAUCUCACCCGCAGGUACGGCUUGUUUGCUGUGAAUCAAGAUGUGAUGAAUGCAGACACGCCGCUGAAUGCGUCUGGGGCUGACCUUGUGCGAAAUGGAUGGAAAGUGGUUGAGAAUGUGCAGGAAUGAGUGUGCUGCCCCGACACAUCUCCGCCACGGGAAUACCGAGACCCGGCAUGUAAAGAAGAUAACAUGCUCGAAUGCGAGCCGACAGUUCGCUCUGAAUGUAAAAUCAAUACACAGCAGUGGCUACAGAAUGAUCCUUUUUUCUAUACUCGCACUUUUCAAAGUGGAAAGUAAGAUGACGAGUGUUUAGAUGAUGUGCGACCAAUGAAGAUUUGUUGCACAUGCUGUGUGGAACAUUUGGAGGAUGUGUUUUCAUCCGAAGUGCUUUGCAGAACUGUGACGACCCAGCCUCUUAUAGCUGCUGGGCUAUGUUAGAAAUACCAGUGCAAACUAACGCACCUGGUUCUGUACUUCCUGGUUUAUGAUUAAGUGGAUUACAAACAAAUGUAUUUCAUGAUCUAAGAAUUACAGAGCAUUCGGCAUCCCCGAAUAAGACCAGUUCAAUCCUUUUAUGUGUUUGUCUGUUGGUAGGCAGGAUGUGAGUGGAAAAGGAUGCUUCUUCCAAACAAACUAAAAACUCAAGCCAAAAAUGUUAAAAAAUGUCGAAAGCACUACUCGUAUCUGUUUACAGCAACUAUGGUAACAUCUCAUAAUGAACGAUUUAUGGAUGCAAUCUUCCACAUUGCACCUUUAAUGACUUGAAUUUUUGAUAUACCCUGCGUACGUACAUCUUGCAUAUUCAUUUGCACAGACAGGAAGCUCGUCUUGUCCAAGUGUGUGAAAAUGAUAUUCCUGCGUCCCUCUUGAGUAGAUUUAUGUCCUCAGCCGUCCAUGAACUGGACUAACUGCUAGCAGAGGACCGGGUCAAUUGGAGGGAGAGUGUUACAGCUGUCAGAGGAACGCUCUGUCGGCUCCUCUGUCCAUCACAUUAAAUUGACAGGGCCUUGUAAAGGACAGCCGGGCAGGAAGGGAGCCUGGGAAGAAUAAAGGGACGGUGGCUGCGAGGACAGGCAGCUAUGUUUCAGUCCAGAGUCAAGAAAGGAAUGUAGAGAAUGCAGAGAUGCAUUUUACUGAAUUACUUGUUUGAUAAGAUUUGAUAAGUUUAUCAGCAAAAUUAUGAAGUCCCAGAAACCAAUGUCAUCAACCGCGCCAGCAUUUACAGCACAGCAGCUGUACAUCUUUUACAACCCACUGUCUUCACAUGUAGCACUAGAGCUUUUACUGCCUGCGAGUAGGAUAAGGGGCCGUUAACGUGUGGUGUUUUAUUCGCCCUCAAAUCCAUUGCUGUCAAUGUAGACGUGCUGAAGUGUGCUCAAAAGCUAAAGCAACCGCUGCGGUGCGCAAGCGUUCACCAGCGCCUAUUUCUGUGGGCACGACAGUUAGGACAACCAUCCAAAGCACCUUGGAUGAAAGGAUGAAAGGAUGAAAGGAUGAAAGCGGCACGGCUGGCGUUUUGCAUGUGUUUUUAGAUGCAACAUGUAAGACCGC